AUAAAAGCCAUUUACAACCCCAAAAAAAUGGGUUAACUGGGAAAUUGAGUGGCCGGGACGGAUAACAAAACAAUAUUUGCAUGGGCGGCAAAACGGUUGUGGAAAUGUUGUCCGCACCGGCAAUGGUCAUCAAUUGGUCGCCAAUUAUAAAUGUGAUAAUGCAAAUUUAUUUGCAAAAUUCAACAAUUUGUGUUUUAUGGCCCCAAGAUGGAGAGUUGCAGUUGGAUACAAAAUUUGAGAAAUUUCCCUACAGCAUUAUUAAUAUUGAUGCAACAAAUUCGGAUGAGAAACUCAUGGAGAAUGAGGUUCAAAAUAUCAAGGAAAAGUUUAUGGAAGACAAUCCCCUAACAUUAAUGUUAACUCUGGCCAUAGAAAAGUCCCACUGUGAGAGUUUUGUGGCCUUUGAAAAUGACAUCCUGAAAUUCAUUGAAAGUUUUGCAAAUGCCAGUCGUUAUUCGGUGUGGCGUUCAAAGAGAAAUUAUUUUGUGUUUGGCAGCUCAGAUCGUUCGCUGGAGUAUUCCUUGGAGAGGCAAAGGUUUUUCGAAGAUCAACCCAACAUACUGAUGGUAUCUGGCGACAAAGCAACCCCCGGAAUUUUCGAAUUGAAAACAAAUAAAUUUGUUGGCCGACGAGCAGAUGGACCAGGGAACCUCUGCCUUUUGGAUAGAUUUUACGUCAAUACCAUGAAUUUUGAAAAAGGGGCAAAUUUAUUUCCCUACAAACUUGGUAACUUACAAGGACGUGAAAUAAUUGUGCCCGGCAUGGAUUACAGACCAUAUUUGGUUAUAAAUUAUGUGCAGGAUAAAAAUAAUUCCUACGAUCUGGCCUUUGAUGGCUCCGCGGAGGGGAAUGUGCAAAUCGAUGGCACCGAGGCCAGAGUUAUUUUGACAUUUUGUGAAAUUUUCAAUUGCACGGUCUUAAUUGAUAGCACUGAAGCCGAUGAUUGGGGUGAGGUGUAUUCAAAUUUAUCCGGUAUUGGAAGUAUAGGAAUGGUAGCAAAAGGUAUGGCAGAGAUUACCAUAGGGGCAAUGUAUUCAUGGGAUACUGACUAUAUAUAUCUGGACAUGUCCAUGUAUCUGGUUCGAUCGGGCAUAACCUGUUUGGUACCGGCACCAAGGCGCUUGGCCAGUUGGAUCCUGCCGCUGGAACCGUUUCAAUUCACCCUGUGGUUGGCUGUCGUCGUUUAUCUGUUUGUCGAGGUUGCCAGUCUGGCGCUGGCCUAUCGUUUUGAGUCUCAUUUUAUUUCCAUGAUGGCCGAUUCCUGGCCCGAGAGUCUGAAAUUUGGAGUGGUUACCACCCUGAAGCUUUUUGUCUCACAGUCGGGUUCAAAAAAGGUAAUUUCACAGACGGUGAGAGUACUGCUUUUUACCUGUUUCCUCAAUGAUCUGAUAAUUACAAGUAUCUAUGGCGGUGGGUUGGCCAGUAUUUUAACGGUUCCAAGUUAUGAUGAAGCUGCCGACACCUUGGAUCGCUUGUGGUCCCAGAAAUUGCAAUGGGCGGCCAAUUCGGAGGCCUGGGUUUCGGCCAUACGCAAUGCAGAGGAUGAUCGCAUCAAUGGCAUAUUGGAGAACUUUUUUAUAUAUCCCGAUGAGAAACUGGAGCAGCUGGCAAGUUCAAGAUCUGGCUUUGGGUUUACAGUGGAACGUUUGCCAUUCGGUCACUUUGCUAUCGGCGACUAUUUGACCACGGAAAGUAUCAACCAUCUAAAAAUAAUGCAGGAGGAUCUGUAUUUCCAGUACACGGUGGCCUUCACAAGCCGCUGUUGGCCCAUGUUGUCGGCAUUUGAUAACCUACUCUAUUGGUGGCACUCUGCUGGGCUGGAUAGCUAUUGGGAAUGGCGUGCUGUGGCCGAUAACAUGAAUGUCCAGAAACAAAAGCAAGUUGAGGCCACUGUAUAUUCGAACAUUGAGGAUAUGGGUCCAGUGAAAUUGGGCAUGGCAAACUUUGUUGGCAUUCUUUUGCUAUGGAUGUUGGGGGUAACGAUUUCGUUUUUGGUAUUCUUGUAUGAGGUGUUGAGGGAUUAUGUGGAACGGAAGAACAAGGAGUAAUUGAAAAUAGCAUAUAUAUAUGUAAUGCACAUAG